AUGGCUUCUUUGUUGUCGUGCCUGAAGAAACACGUGCGUGAGGCUGGCAGCAUCCCGCAGGCAGACCCCGCGGCGCCGGGCAGAGCCCCCCCCCAGCACACCUUUGGUGGGCACCCCGAUCCAGUUGAGGUAGCGGGUGAGCUUCUUGGAGACGUAGGUCUUGCCGCGGGCGACACGCUGAUCGUCGAGGAGGACACGGCCAAGCCCAAGGCUGACUCGCCCGUGGUGGCAAAAAGAACGAUGUCCAGCUCGGCGAGGGACGCUGCGCCGGUGCUCGCGCGGAGGGUCGUUCCGGCAGACAACUCCUGUCUCUUCACCAGCGUCUACUACGUGGUGGAGGGAGGCGUUUACGACCCGGCCUGCGCGCCGGAGAUGCGCAGCCUCAUAGCCCAGAUUGUAGCGAGCGAUCCUGAAUCUUACUGCGAGGCGGUUCUGGGGAAAACGAACCGGGAGUAUUGCGACUGGAUCCGAAGAGAAGAGACUUGGGGAGGAGCCAUCGAAGUGUCCAUUCUAUCCAAAUUUUACCAGUGCGAAAUCUGCGUGGUGGACACGCAGACAGUCAGGAUCGACCGUUUUGGGGAAGAUGCCGGUUACACGAAGCGGGUCCUUUUAAUUUAUGAUGGGAUUCAUUACGAUCCGCUCGAGCGUAAAAUCCCUGACUCGGACGUUCCUCCCCAGACCAUUUUCUCCGCGACUGACGAUAUCGUUCUUGCACAAGCGCUGGAGUUGGCAGAUGAAGCCAGACGGAAGAGGCAGUUUACCGACGUGAAUCGCUUUACGCUGAGGUGCAUGGUGUGCCAGAAGGGACUGACUGGACAAGUGGAAGCCCGAGAACACGCCAAGGAGACGGGACACACCAACUUUGGAGAGGUGUGA